AUGUGGUGGAAGGAUGUCAAUGUAGCAGUUAAUCGGGGACGGUUUGCUUACUUCAGACAACGAAAAACAAAAAGUGACAUCACGCAGCCGCAGAAAAAGACGGCGAAGAGGAAGGGCUCGUCUGUCCACACGCAUGACGUUCCGAAGGAAGAGUACGCACUAGCAGCCCAAGAUGUUGGUAAGGGUAUAGAGAGUAAGGCUGAAGACACCGACCUACUAGAGACAACAACAGAGACAGAGAAAGUUACGAUAAAUUCUGCUGCAGAAUACAGUGAGCUUGAUGCUAAGAUGUCUCAGGCAAGAUUAGCUGAGUUAGAGAACAGACUUCUGGAGAAACAGGAAGCGGUCGAAAGACUCACUGCUCAGAUGAACGAGCUACAGGAACAACUCACCCAGCACAGUGACUCUAUGCAACUUCAGGAAACUACCGUUCAAGAGCAGAAUGAAGUCAUCAGGAAACUAACAAGCUGCCUUCAACAGGCGAAGAAGGAUCGGGAUGACCUACAGGAAGAGGCUUCACGUGUAGCUGGUCAGAUCCAUGAUUUACAACUUCAGUUACAUCAGGUUAAUGAGAUGCUGAGGAGUAAAAGGCCUGGAAAAAAUGAAGCAUUAGAAGCCCAGCAGCAGAUGUCCUUGUUUCAGAACUGUCUCAAAGAGCAAAAUGCACAUUUGGAGAUGCUGCGUCAGAAAGCACAUGACCUGGAAGUACAGCUUGAGUCUUCUCAAAAGAAUACUAAAAAUAAAGAAAAUCUGCUUCCCCAAAUGGAAGAGGAUAUGAAAGAUACAAUGCAACAGCUAUACAAAAGCAUAGGAGAAAAAGAACAGCGUAUUAAAAGCCUUCAAGAUCUACUGACAUCGGAAAGAUUUAGCUUGUCUAUACUACAACGUACCCUUUCUCUCCGGGACUUAGAAAUAACAGAAUUAAAAAAUGAAAUAGCUUUAUCCAAAAUGAAAGAAAGGCAAUGUAUUGAAGAACUGAAAAUCAGUCAUGAAAAGGAUAUUUGCAGGCAGUUGGAGAACUUGAGAGCUGAGCUGGAGACAUGCCAGAGAAGAGAGAUUGCAGAAGCCAAGCAGGUAUAUGAAGAAGAAAUUAUUUUAAAAUAUAAGAAUGAACUUGAACAAUUAAAAAAAGAACUCUCUGCUCUGAAUUCUGAAGAACACAUUCAGAAUUUGAAUGGCAUAAUAAUUGACUUAAAUAAUAGUCUUCGUGAGUCUGAAAUUAAUAAAGAAAAUUUGAGAAGGAAACUUGAAAACCAACAGGAAGACUUCCAGAGAGAAAAAUCUGAAAUUGAGACUAAAUACAAGGAUUUAAUUGAUGGCCUUAAGUCUCAACUUUCUGAUGCAGAAAAGCAGGUCAAGGAGGCCCAGCGAUAUAAACAAGAAAAACAGUUCUUGAAUGAAGAGAUUCAGAAACUGAAUUCUUUUAUCCAGGAUUUAAAUGAAAAGCGACUUUAUGAAGCUGAAAAAAGUAUAGAUGUAAGGCAAAAACAUGAUGAAGAGAUUGUCUCCAAUAAAAAGUUAAUGAAAUUGAGGGAAAAACAGAUUUUACCAGAGGUGUUGCAGUUGCAGAGAGCAGAGCUUGAGGAGAUGGGAAAUAAACCGCACCAGGUGAAAGGUGAAGAUGAGCUAGUUCACGAAGAACUAGAGUUCCAGCAUGCCUUGGGAGUAGACUUCUCAAGGGAUCAGUUAGAAGAAAUUAAGAAUUCAAAGAUUACAGAGAAUAAUGAAAGUAGUGAAGGAGAUAACCUGUCUGAAGAACACUUGUCAGAACUAGGGUUUUUCAGGGGUGAUGAAGGCAUAUUGGCUAAAUAUCUCAUCUCCACAGACAGACCAGAAGAGUCAUAUGCGUCCAGCACUUCUGAAAGUUAUGCCAUUGAAGAAAGUAGAUGCAUUAGGUAUGGGUUAGACAGUAGUGUGCUUCUAGAACCCAGCAGAGAUUUUAUACCUCCUCCAUUAAACUUUGGCCUUGAUGAGAAAACAUGUCCUAGCGGUUUGGCUCAAGAGACUUUUGAAGAGACUGAAGUAGGAGCAGAGGCCUUUGUUUCAUUGUUGUCAGAUACAUCCCUGCACCAAAACAGAAUAAGUGACCACGAUGAUAUAAAGGAUGAUGAGGCCACUUGUUUAGUAGAGAGAUGUGUAAAGCUAACUGAGAAGCUCCGUGAGAAGGAGUCAGCGUUGAAGAAAUCUUAUCAGGAGACCCAAGAAGCUGUUGGAAAAUGGGAAGAAGUAAUGGCUGAGCUCUCUCAUAUGCAUGUGGAACUGGAUGAGGAACGUGAAGCACGGAUCUGUUGUGAAAAAGAACUUCUUCAAAAAACAGAGAAGGAGAAAGAACUUGAAAACAAAGUAAUGUUUCUAGUAAAGCAGCAGGGUGAGGAUGGAGGCCAACCUUACUGUGCUCUAGAGCCUUUAACACAAGUGUCAAAAUCCUCUACCUGGCAAGAAAUGGUAGAAGACCUCCAGGAGGAAAGAGAAAUGUUGAUGGUGCAGCUGCAAACUCAGGAGCAAUUAGUGAAAGAUGUUCAAGAGCAGAAAACAGUUUCUGAUUCUGUAACGAGUGAAGUACAGUCUCUUUUUGGACGUCAGUUAGCUGCUUUGCAAAGUCAAAGGGAUCAAAUGCAAAGCCAGCUUGAUGCUCAGAAGGCUAAAAACGAGACAAUAGCAGAGCUGCUUGGUCAGAAAACUAUAUCUGAAGAGACAUUGCUAAAAGAACAGGAGUUGCUCAAAGCUGAAAUCAAUAAUAAAGAACAAAAUUUAGCACUCUUAUUGAAGGAAAAAACAGCCUUAGGAGAAAGAUUAUCUGACGUGGAGGAGGAUCUAAUAAAAGCAGAAAAAGCACUAGCAGGGAAUGCUAGCAUCAUUGAGGAUCUUGAGAAAAACAUACAUGAACUUAAUGCUGAAGUGAAAAACCUCAAAGAAAUACAGGAGUGUGAAAGACUGGGAUACGAGGACAGAUUAAACUUCAGCAGCCUAGAGAUUCAUAAACUUAAUGAUGAAAUAAAGGCAAAAAGUACUGAAUACAGUGAGGAAAAAAGCCAGUUGACUGAAGAAAUUGCCCAUUUGAAGAAGGUUCGUUUGGAGCUUGAGACUUGCUUGCAGGAGUCCUUUCAGUCUGCACAAGCUGUGCAGGAGGCACAAUCAGAGAUGGUGAAACAUUACAAAGAGGAAAUCGAUAAAAUGGAGACUCAACGCCUUGCCGAAUUAACUAAAGUGAGUUUGACACACGAGAAGGAGAUAGAAAAAUUAAAUGCUGAAAUAAAAGAUAAAGUGGAAAAACAGCAGAAGUUGGAUGAAGAAAGAAGGGAACAGAUUGCUUUAAUAAAAAAGGUACAUGAACGAGAGCAUGAUCGUGAGAUCUCUGAACUGAUUACUAAACAUGAAGAGGAAAUGGAGAAGCUCCGUGCCGAACUAAAUAAAGAACAGCAGCACCUGUUGGAUGAACUUCGGCAGCAAAUGGCAGCCACACACAAAGCAGAGAUUGAGCAAGCUCAGCUCCAAUCACAGACACUGCACAGCCUUGAAUUGGAAGCUUUACGCCUAAGCUUAAAUAAUAUGCACACCUCCCAGCUUGAGCUUACGCACUCUAACUUGAGAAAAGAAAAGGAAACUGCCCUUGUGGAACUAAGGGAGAUGCUCAAUGAUAAGCGUGCUCAAGAGGUAGCAAUUCUACAAAGCCGCCAUCAGCUGGAGCGGGAGAAGAUUAAAGAACAGUGUCUGAAGGAAAAAGAAGACCUUAAGUCAAAGUAUCAGCAAGAACUAGUUGAUCAGAGAAAGAAAAUAGAAUUGGAAAUGGAAGAGACACAUAUCCAGGCAUUAGAGACUCUCAAAAGAGACUGGCAAUUGGAGUCUGAGAUGCGUUUGAAAAGCAUGUGUGAAGAGCUGUCUGAAAAACACCAGACUGAAAUGGUGGAACUGCAGAAAACUCUGGAAAUGGAGUUAGAAAAAGUCAAAGCAGAGCUGGGGCUUCUUUCUCUUGAGAAUGAACAGUCUAAAACGAAAUGUAUGGAAUUGGAGAAGCAAGACCAGUUAGCCAUUACAAAAUCACAAGAACAGCUGCAGACUGAACAUAACCAACUCCUAGAAGAUAUGAAGAUGAAAAGCCAAGAAAAAGAACAGAAUCUUCAGAAGGAGCUGGAGAAACUUCAGGUCAUGCAUGAAGAACUCAAGACUCGGUCACAAGAAGAAAUCAGGCAGCUUUGGUCUCAGCUCAAUAGUACGCGAGCAAAUCGGCAAGAGCUAAGUGAUGGUGAGACCAGAAUGCAAGCCCAUGGUCCAGAGCUAAAAGAGCAGCUCCUGGCUCGCGCAUCACGGGUGGAAGAAAUAGAGCAUUUAAAACAAGAAUUUGAACAGCAGCGUCAGCAAAGAAAAAGUGAGCAUGAAACUGAAUUGGAACAACUGAGACUUUAUUUUGAAAACAAAUUAAGAGUUGCUGAAGAAAACUACAGAGAAGAAUUGACUUUGCUGCAUCAGAGACUGCAAGAACUGACGGAAUAUUCACUGUCAGAGUUGGAAGUGAGUCAAGAUCAAGCAGGGAACAUCAGUUCUUCUGUCGCAGUUUUUGAAGAGACUACUGAGAAAGAGAGAAGGGAUACACUUGGUCAGCUAAAUCAACAGCUGGAACAACAUCAGGAAGAACUUGCCUGUUUGCAGGUACAGCUUAAAGAACAACACAGGCAUGAAUUAGAUUCGUUAAGGUCUUCCCUUGCACUUCAAUAUAAGGAGGACCUAAUGAAAAUGAAGAUGGAUCUGUCAGACAAAUAUAUAACAGAAAUAGAGGAAAUGAAAAGAAAGCAUUGUUUAGAACUUGAGCAGCUCCGUGCCCGACUUUCAGAAGAACAUGUUAAAGAAAUCACCAAACUGCACCUACAGAGUGCUCAAGAUGCAGCACAUCAAGUUGAAAUGGAGGUGGCUGAGAGAGUGUCUGUGCUGGAGGAAGAGCACAAAGCUAAGCUCUCUCUCCUCCACUCUGAGAAACAGUAUAUUGCAGAGCUUUUGGAAGAAAUAAAGCAUUUAAAGGAAGAGAUUACUAAACAAAAAGAUUUUUCUGUGCAGAAUGAAAAGCAUCUGAAAGAGGAAAUGGAAAAGGUAAAAUAUAAAAUUGCUGAGGAUCACAAGAAUAAAUUAAGGGAAGCCAGAGAAGAAGUCCGGAAAAUAGAAACUAUGUACAAAGAAAAAGAGAAGAAAUGGAAAUGUGAAAGGGAGGACCAGAGAAUCCAAGCAGAAGAGAAGUUAUCAUUGUUGCGUAUAGAACUGCAAAAUAGAGCAGAAGAUGAGAAGCAGAAUUUACAAAAGGAGUUUGAACUUCGUGAAGCUGAAAUGAAUCAGCUUCAAGAUCACCAAGCUGCCAAAAUUCUAGAAUUGGAGAAGUUGGUAAAAGAGCAGCAAAACAACUUGCAGCAACUAGAGGACAGCCUUGCAAGUGCACAGACUAUGCAGAAAUCUCAGGAGCAAUAUGACAGUGACCUGCAGGCAGCUAAAGCGCUCAUGGCAAAAGAAAUGGAAAAGGCCACACUUUGUCUGCAGGAAGAAUAUGCACUGAAACUUAUGGAAGCACAAAACAAGUUUAUGGGGGAACACAAAGUUAUGACUCAGAAAUUCACAACUGAGCAAGAGAUUCUUCUUCAAGAGCUGAAAAAGAAACAUGUCGAUGAACUGGAACUCCAAAGUCAGCAGUUACAGGAGAAGCAUAAGCAGCAAAUUUUGUCUCUUACAGCUGAGUUUCAGACAAAGCACCAAGCUGAAAUUGAGACACUUAAAUCUACACUAGAAAGUAAACAGGAGAUUCAGCUUGAAGCUUGUGUUGCUGAACUACAAACAAAGCAUCAGGCACAAAUUGAUGAGCUGGAGGCUAAACACUUAUCAAAUCUGGAUUCCUUGGAGUCGUCCUACCUGUCUGAAAUUCAGAAUAUAAGAGAUGAACACAGUCAGGCUCUUGAGAAGCUACAGCUGCAGCACACAGAACAGGUCCAUGAAAAGGAUAAAAUGGAUCAAGCACGCUUGGUUCAGGAGAUAGACAAGUUGCAAUUAAAGCAUGCUGAAGAACUUCAGCUUUCCCAAAAUAAUUUGAAAAUUGAGCUAGCUACUGUUCAUAUGGAAAAACUUAAAGCCAUGGCUGUUGAAGCAGAAGAAGCUCAUAAGGAUGGUUUGAACAUGGCUCUUCAAAAUCAAAGCGCGUUGCUGGAAGAAGAAAAAUGUCUGGCCCUGGAUAUAUUACGUGAGCAAGUAUUGCAUAUGGAGGAAAAACAUAGAAAAGCACUCCAAGAACUUCAGGAUCUUCAUGAGGCAGAAACUAAGAAACAUAAGGAAGAAUACUCCAGGGAGCUGGAAGAAGAAUUGAGGAAACUAAAAGCACAGCAUGAACAUGAGCAAGAGAUGUAUGCUUCUGCAUCGGCCUCUGAAGUAGAAACUGUGCGGACGGCUCUUCUGGCUCAAUUUGAGGAGGUAAAAUUGAAGCAGCAGCUUCAGUUCCAGGAAGAGAUUGAGUUGCUGAAGUGUCAGUCAGAGAUACUCCUUGAACAGCAGAUUGCACAGCUGAAGGACGAAUUUGAAGCUGAAAAAGAGGCAUCACUACAUGACAAGGAGCAGGUGUUGAUUCAGGAGAGGGAGAAGGCACAGGCUGCUCACCAAAAGGAGCACGAGAUGUUAUCAGCCCAGCUGCAGGAAAAAGCAACAAUAAUUAUCCAGCUGGAAAAGAAAGUGGAGUCUUUAAAUCGUGAAAUAGAGGAUACCAACUCUGAACUGGAGACACUCCUUCAGCGGCGGGACAGAGAAAAUCAAGAAGGAGGGAAUUUGGUAGCCAUGUUGAGAUCUGAUAUUGAGCAGUCCACAGAUGAAAGGAGAAAACUGCAGGGAUCUUACCAGCAUCUUUUGAAAUUGCUUAUGGAGUUGGUGAAGGCCACAAUAGCUAUUGAGGACCUUAUCUGUAACAAGAUUGGUCUUUGCCUUGAUGACAGUCUGGCUUCUGGAGAUUCUAGAGAAAGUCACAGUAUUAUGGAAGAAAUGGGAUUCAUGCAGUAUUUCAAAGCCAAAGAAAAGCAUCACCUAGAAAAAGUAGAUGAGCUGCUUGAUGAAACUCUCACAGAACACAACCAGCUGUCUCCAGUGACUGAUGAGGGGUCCGAGUUGAGCCAAUACUUAUGUGAAAGUGUUUUUGCAAAGCCAGAAUUGGCAUGUGAAAAUGAAGAAUUUAUACUGAAAAUUAGUCAUCGUUUGCGCACUGCAGUGGAGAGACUUCUGGAGCUGGUUACAGAAUCAACUAAACAACUGGAGAAGAUGCAUGAAAACCAUGCACAAUUUGAAGAAGAAUUCAGCCGCCAAAAUCGGGAAACUGCUCGAGUGGUUAGUCAGCACCAGGAACUAAUGGAGUGCCUCAGCGAGCAAAGUGAGGCCAAGAAUCAGCUGGCACUAGAGCUUCAUAAAGCAGAGG